AUGGAAAAUUUGAUUGGGAGUGAUGAUGAUAAUGCAGAGUAUGAAGGUGAUGGAGAAUCUGAAGAGGGUAAUCAAGAGAAUGAAGAGGAUGAUGAAUCUCAAGAAAGUGAUCCAAAUUUUAAAGAGUAUGAUGAAUCUGAAAAUAGUGAUCUAGGGUAUGAAGAAGAUGAGAGACAAAUAGAAGAUGAAUAUCAUAUGGAUGACAUAAUGGAUGUUGACAACAAUAUACAAGAUGUGGAUGUGGACAUGGGAGACUUCACUCUCAAUGUUGAAAGUGAUGUGGAAGGUUCUUGUAUAAAUGUUGUUCAUGGGCAUGAACCUGAAGAUAUGGAAGUGAUCAACAAUGAGGAAUUUGAAUCUUUGGAUGAAGGAUCUGACCAAGAUAGAGAGAGAAGAGCUCUUAUAAAGAAUCUGAGAAAAGAAAAAAGAAUCAAGAAGGAAUCUUUUCUUUAA